CCGCCUCUACCAUCUCCACACAUCCCUGUGGAUGCUAUGUCAACUACGGCUUUCGAUGGCUCUUAUCACACGGACACAGACGACCCAUUCGACUCUCCCCGCUCACCCCGAUCCACUGGCUCACACUCGUCCGUCACAACCUUCGACGACGGCCUCAGCUUCCCUGUAGAUCUCAGUAAGUAUACUGCUCAUUUCAUUUUCCCUAACACCCCAUUUCUCUCUGCUCGAUCGGCCACCACUGGUGAUCUCACUAUCAUUACACCCCUCGAAUUGCUCGACCUUGCAAACUUCGAUGGAUAUUAUUCACUAUGUUUCAAACUAUGUUAACAAAUGUAAGUCAGUUAACAUUUACCAGUG